CGGCGAGACCUUGAGUUGACACUACUCCUUGCUCCCAUUGACGCGUCAGAUCCUCUAGCGGGUGUUGAGCGACAACUUGAUGAUGUCUUGUUGACCUACCUACAACAAGCACAAGGGAUCCUCAUGGGCUGGCAAUCACCACGAUUCACUGAACCUGCAGCGCGGAUGCUCGAUGAUUCACCAUUCAGUCUUGUGCCUGUUCGAUUUGAUAGUCUGCUUUGGCGGCCUCGACAGGGCGAUGACCUUGAAGGCACCGUGAAACUCAUGGGACCCUCACAUAUUGGCCUCCUCAUCCUCGGUACCUUCAAUGCGAGUAUUCCACGACACUUGAUACCACCAGAUUGGGUAUUUGAAGAAGAUUUAGAAGAGAAUGAAGGGUUUUGGCGGGAUGGACAAGGGACACCUCUGACGAUUGGCCAGGAAGUGCGGUUCUCGACGCAUGCGAUCAAGAAGGGCAGUCAUAUGUUGAGAGUGGAAGGAUCACUC